AGGAGAUGGAGGGAGGGAGGGCGAGAGGCGGGCCAAGGGUUCUGGGAAAAGGCUGACAGCUCCGAGUCACCGCGGCGGCAAGUUAGAACAGACUCCGCCGAGCACCAAAAAGGAGGUGAGGACCAGGUGACUGAGGCGAAGCCAUGUGGCAGCUGCUGAUGCUGCUGGCCCUGUGGCUGGGCACAGUGGGCUUGGGCAGGGCCGAGCUCACAGCAGCCCAGCAGCAGGGCCUGCAGGUGGCCCUGGAGGACUUCCAUAAGCACCCGCGUGUGCAGUGGGCCUUCCAGAAGACCAGUGUGGACAUUGCCAUGGACAAGCCCUCCCCGGCAGGGACCUUUGUGAGGCUGGAAUUUACGCUCCAGCAGACAGGCUGCGUGAAGAAGGACUGGAAGAGAACUGAGUGCAAGGUCAAGCCCAAUGGGAGGAAGCGGAAAUGCCUGGCCUGCAUCAAGCUGAGCCCUGAGUUUAAGGUCCUGGAGCGGAUGGUCCACUGCCCCACAGAGAUGCAGUCUCGACAGAAUCCAGUCUUGUUUUCUGGACAGCUGUGGAAUGUAACAAGUGAGUCAGCACUCCCCAGUGCCCAGGGAAGAACAUCUGAUGAACCCCAAAUCAAUAAAAAUGUCCUCACAGCUGUGUUCUCUCCUCCUCUUGCUUUGUGCACUCUUCUCCCUUCCGCUGAGUGGUGGGGUGGUGAGUGAGAGAGGCAGGACACC